AUGGCAUUCCUCUUUAAAUCGAAGAAGAAUAGCCAACAGGCCACUGGCGGCCUGCCCCCGGCUACGAGAAACGUUCAUACCUCUGAAGGAACACCAGCGGGCUCUGGAGCCGUGCUGAACGGAUCGAAAGACGGAGUGGCCACAUCGCAGACGCCGACGCCUACCAGCAGUAGCUUCAAUAAUUCUUUGAACUCGGUUGGCAGCACCAACAGCCCGGAGCAACAGCAGCGAGUACGACAGCGGGCGGAGUCCGAGUCUCAGGCUCAUCGCUCCCAACCGCCCACAGCGAGUAGUACCUCCCCAGGUUCCAGCCCGGGUGCAUCCCUCUACCCGUGGUCGCAGCGCCGAUUGAACUUCUCCUCGCCGCAAGCAAACCCUUUCCCGCGAUAUGGCGCAGCAAUCAACUCAGUGGCCUCGAAAGAAGGCGAUGUAUACAUGAUGGGUGGGCUAAUAGAUGGAUCAACUGUGAAGGGAGAUCUUUGGAUGAUGGAAAGCAGCAGCGGGAACCUGUCGUGCUUCCCAAUUGCGACUGUUUCGGAAGGGCCAGGGCCCCGUGUCGGCCACGCAAGUCUAUUAGUCGGAAACGCCUUCAUCGUAUUCGGUGGUGAUACCAAGGUGGACGAAAAUGAUACGCUGGAUGACACACUCUAUCUACUUAAUACUUCUUCCCGGCAAUGGUCGCGCUCAAUACCACCAGGUCCUCGACCUACCGGACGAUAUGGCCAUACACUAAACAUUCUUGGUUCCAGGCUCUACGUUUUCGGAGGACAGGUUGAAGGGUAUUUCUUUAACGAUUUAGUCGCUUUUGACCUGAAUCAAUUGCAGAAUCCUGGUAAUAAGUGGGAGCUCCUCAUUAAAAAUAGCCACGAAGGUGGUCCUUCCCCUGGUCAAAUCCCACCUGCAAGAACCAACCACACAAUUGUCAGUUUCAAUGACAAGUUGUACUUGUUCGGAGGAACAAACGGAUUACAAUGGUUUAACGAUGUUUGGUCGUUUGACCCCCGGGCCAACAGCUGGACCCAGCUUGAUUGCGUCGGAUUCAUCCCGACGCCUCGGGAGGGGCACGCGUCUGCUCUGGUCAACGACGUUAUGUACGUUUUCGGCGGCCGGACAGAUGAAGGCAUCGACCUUGGUGAUCUAGCAGCGUUCCGUAUAAGCACACGACGAUGGUACUCUUUCCAGAAUAUGGGCCCAGCGCCAUCGCCGCGAUCGGGACACAGUAUGACAGCUUUUGGAAAGCAAAUAAUCGUCUUGGCCGGCGAGCCAAGCUCAGCCCCGAGAGAUCCAGUGGAGCUUAGCAUGACAUACAUGCUUGAUACAUCAAAGAUUCGUUACCCAACGGAGAAUCAGAACAGCGAAAGAGGAACCGCAGCGGCUCCCGCCAAAGCCGGAGCUGGAGACAAAGCUACAGCAUUAUCGGGUCGGACAUCUCGCGAAGCCCAGAACCAGCAACUGGAUCAAGCCAGAAGAGGCCAGACACAAUCCCGCGAAAGUGUGGUUAGCCCUACUGCGCGGGCGGCAGAGCUAGCACCGGGAACAGGGCCAGGCUCUCGAUUGCCACGAGCGUCCAUUGCGAAUGCUCCUUCCGGACCGCCUCCACCGGGCCAGGCCCCCACCCCAGGCUCAAGAGCUAACAACCCACCACAAGGCAACAAUUUCAGAAGCAAGACUCCGCCGACGAAACAGGAUCGUGUUUAUGGUGGGCCACCGAUUGACACGGCUCGAGCCAUUGCUGGUGAGAGAGAGAGAGAGUCAGCACCAAGGGACUCUCCAAAAGACCCUAGGAAUGUUCAGGAGUCGAAUGGCCAGCGGACUCCUACUCAACAGUCGUCCUCGCGUAUGUCAGCUAGAGCCAUGGAGGCUGGGGAAGCUGCCCCUUUGAUUGCACCGGCUCGACAACGCUCUCUUCGUCAGCGACAGCGCAGCUCCAUGGAUAGCGCCGAUGAAUCAAUCCUCGGCCGACAUGCCAGCGUUGAUGGGUCGGUAGACUCGCGGAGUUACAGAAAUUCCAAGACAGGAGAGGAACCGCGCUCACCACGACUGACUGCCCAUCAGGAGGCCUUGAUAAAAGAGCUCGAGGCAUUGAAGAGCCGGAAUGCAUGGUACGCAUCGGAGCUCGCGUUGGCCAAGAAGGCUGGGUAUACCCCUAAUAUCUCCACUACUUCUGUUUUGGAUGAACGAACGGCAGAUGCUUUCGGGGAUGAGGAUCGUCCUCUGAUCGAGGCAUUUCUAUCAAUGAGAGCAGAAUUAGCCAAAAUGCAGGCCACGGUUGAUAGACAAGCCGCGAUCGCAUCGAAGCGUGUAGCGGAAGUCGAGCAGCAAAGAGAUGUAGCAGUGAACGAAGCUGCUUAUGCUCGUGCCAAAUUGGCCGCACAUGGCGGGAGCCAGCAAAGUACGCCCUCGCUGGAUGGACAGUCUCACGAUCUUGAUAAGGCCGACUCUGAACGCACAACAGAUUUGAGCCGGAGAUUGGCUUUGGCUCUCGCAUCCCAGAAUGAGCUUAAGUCGAAAUUUGAAGCACUUACGACCGAUUUUGACCAGGAGAAGCGUGGUAGGGAGCUGGCAGAAGAGACAUCUGAAGCUACUAGGAGGAGACUGGCUGAGCUGGAAAUGCAGAAUAAUUCUUUGGAAACGGAGACUUUGCGCGCCCAGCUUCAUCAAAUAGAAGCAUCUCUGAGAGAAGAGUCGAUGCUACGAUCCGAAGCCGAAUCUUCCCUGAAACAAUUAACCUUGGAUAAAGAGGAGUUGUCAAAGAAGCUUGAAGAUUCUUCCGGCCGUCUAAAGGACUUCGGCGAUAAUAUCGGCGGCUUGAGGUUAGCCGUAACUGCAUCUUCCGAGAAGGCCACCGUUCUGGAGAAGAAAUUAGACGAGGAACGCGAACGACGGGAAGGCUUGGAGAGGAAAUUGCUGCAGCUCAGGUCCGAGCAUGAAGAGCGAACUUCUGAGUUAGAGAAUGCCACUCGCCGCCUUCGAGACGCAGAAGAAUUAGCCGAAACUCACGCCAGAGAAGCCGAAACUCAUAAGAAUGCAUUCAUUUUGGGUCUAGAGCGAGCUUCCUCAUUCGACUCCGAGACAUCCGCGCGUUCACUUGCGGAUCAACGAGUAGCCAGCUCGGAAGCACAGGUGGAGAGAGCGAACAAACUGGCCAAGGCCAGUCAAGCCGCUGCCGAUGAAGCGGCUGAUAAACUGCGACGCGCGGAGGAGCGGAUCGCGGGUCUGGAAGCCUACCAAGAACAGGCUAGCAGAGAGGGCCUACAGCUUCGCCGGCAACUCCAAGCGGCCCUGAAAGAUUGCCAAACAUAUACCGCAGAGAACAGGGAGCUCAAGUCCAAGAUCGAGGGUCACCAGAGGGAGGCUGGUGCUUUGUCAGUUCAACACACCGCGCUGAAGGACCUUCUUGGCGAGCGUGGCGUCAACUACACUGAUAGUAGGCGCUCCCCUCGAAUGGAGUCACCCGGUUCCCGGUUCGGUACUCCAGAGCAAAACCGCCUUCGAGAAUUGGAGCAACAGCUUUCGACAAGCUUGAAGGCACAUGAUGAAAUGAAGUUUUCAUUUGAAACGCGGGAGCAAGAGGCCGACCGCGCCUACAGGGAGAAGUUGGAGCAGCUCGAAAAUGACUAUCAAUCCGCCGUCCACUACGUUAAAGGAACCGAGAAGAUGUUGAAGCGGAUGAAGGAUGAGCUUACUCGGUAUAAAUCUCAGAAUGCGAAGAUUCAGUCCGAGCUUGAUGCGGCGCAGAGCAGAGGUUCUGAGGAAGAGUCAGGCGCAUCGUCCCAAUGGGAAGCCGAACGCUCUCAGCUUCAAAAGUCAAUGGCUGAGCUGCAGCAGAAUACGUCGCUCUCCAUUACAAGCCUCGAGGAACAGGUUACCAGGCUGAAAGACAGCUUAACCUCUACAGAGGUCGAAAAGAAGAAAUCCCACGCAGAAUACGAGUCAAUGAAGGAGGAACUCCUCGCGGUCAUCGAAAAGAGUCGCUCCGAAUUGGAACAAUUCAAGCAAGAAAACUCAUUGCUAGAAACUCGUGCCGUGGAUGCGGAACAAAAGGUCUCCAUGCUCCUGGACCAAGUCGAGGCCUCUGUUGGACAUUAUCGGCGGCAGUCGCAGCACGGCGGGCCCAAUGGAAUCUCCCGUACUCACAGUAAUGCAUCCAGCGGGACGAUUGGAGGCGGCACUCGCCGCUCUAGGACCAACAGCGCGGCAUCGCAAGAUGACACGUUCCUAGAUAACCGUGGCUCGAUGGCUCUCGACUCGCUAGCCAAUGAACUGGAAGCCCUACGCACCCACUGGGAGAGUACCAAUAGCAACUACCGAUUAAGCACCCAUUCUGACUUUGAUCGCACCCCAACCAAGGAAUCGGGGCUGAGUGACAGCCUCGCGGAAUGGAGACGACGACUGGACGAAGAAGAAGCGAGGGAUCCCUCCCCGGAAAAGAGUAAGCCUGCUGCUGAAGGACAUUCAGCAGCGAAUAUGAUAUAA